AUUUCGGCCGCGUUUCGCGUGUGCGAAAGCCCAUCUUCUGCAUGGGCCAUCGGUGAAGGUUCACAUGCUGACCAUUUUUGGGACGGUAGCGGACAAAUCCUUGAAUGUGUUGCACGAUUGAGUCGCGGCCCGAACCAUGGAACCAUCAGCGACCAAUAAGCCAAUCAAUCAGAAACGGAUGGGACCCGCACCGUUUGCCUCCUUCGAAGACCUCUCAGAUGAGAUGGACAGUCCAGGGGAGAAGGAGGUGGCUGUCAUCCGCCUGCCUGGGAUAUCAGAGCAAGAGGUCCCAACUCCGUCUCCAGAUCCGGAGUGUAAAGGAGGCAAAGGAGUGAGCCUGAUUGGGAACACGCUGCGCAACUCGCACUCCACCUCACCCAACUCCUUGUCCCACUCGCCUCUGCCCAUCAAAAUGAAGCUUGCAAACACUCCGCGAAUUGACAUCUCCAGAGCGAGUAGUUCCUCCCACCACGACAGCCGGGACAGUUCGCCAGAGAGGGAGAUCUUCGAAAGCACUGAUCCCAAUGCGGUGAAGCUGGGCCUGGGCUUUAAGGAGGACGACGCUUUGGAGCUGCGUCUAUCAACCGAAGAGCUGGACUUUCACGACGUGGCCGAAACGAAGACGCAUAAAUACAAACAUCGCUCAGCUUCGCCCGAGUUCGACGAGCUCUACAUCAACAGCAACAGCAAUCGGAAGGACUCCCAGUGCUCCGACGUCAUCCUCCUCUCCAUAUCGGGAAGAACGUCCAGAAUCUCCAGCAUAGGGAGUCAGGGAAGCGCAGUGAGCCGCCUCUCCAAUGCCAGCCACGUUUCCAUUAUGUCGGGCCAGUCGGCCUACUCACAGUGCUCCUCGCCCCACAAGACGCUGCUGGAAACGUCGUUUUGCGGCUACAAGGGCUCGCAGGCCAACAUUGGAACCGACAAUGCGGACGCCAAGAACUCGGACGACUUCGAAAAGGUGGUUUUGUCCAGAAAGUCGCAUCCUGGCGAAGCCGUGCUGGUGGAGGGCCUCAAAACUGCCAAAAGCAAACCAGACCAGGGGCUUCAGAAAGAGAGCAGCGAUGGCAGAGCAGAAAGCAAGAGUAAACGCUCCAAGUUGCCCAGAAAAAUAAUUUCCAAGAGCGGCAUCGAGUACAUCUACAUUCCGUUAAAGGGUCCACUUCCACAGGACGACUCAGAAGAGAAAGUGCACAGUUACAAAAGGGUUGAUCAUUCCAGCGGUGCGCCGCACAGACACGGCAAAAAAUCCAGCAGCCGACCGACUGCGCCCAAGCCGCUUCGACCCACCUCUGUCCAGAGCCAGAGCCACAGCCAGGAGCCGAAGUACAUCCGGAUCAAGCUCAAACCUGACCAUUGUUAUGAGGACGAUGGAGCUUCAACCAGCGCCAUCAUCAAGCCGGCCAGCCUAAACCUGCCCUUUCAGAAGGAAAACGGCACGGCCGGGCCGAACUUCAACAUCCAGACACACGCGCGCAGCCUCACCAACAGCCCUAAACUCCCCCGGAAGGAAAUAGGCGCUUGCAGUCCCUCCCAGCCGGUGCCCAGGCGGAACUCGUUUGCCACGCUUUUCCGCACUGAUCCUGAUUCGCCAGGUGCGUCCAAGCAGAAGCGGAAGAACACUUUGAUUGGCUGCGUGGGACAUGGCUCCAAGUCCAAAGGCCCCGACCACUCAAAAGUACCGUCCGCUAAUGUCUCCUCCACGGAGAGCGUGGACAGCAAAGGCAAGCACAAGUCGGUGCUUUCGCUGUUCAAGUUCCCCAAGGAGAAGCCCAAAGUCGAGAGCGCCGCCCCAAGGGUGAAAGCCACAGAGCCGAAGAAGGAGCGACGUGAACAUCAGCCUCCAAGCAAUGAGACCAUCAGGAUACCGCUGCACUCGCCGAAGUACUACGAAAGCAAAUCGCUGCUUCAAGAGGUGCAGACUUCUAGUCAGGACUCACAGGUGACUGUGGUGGAGGUUUUGCCUCCUCCAGCUAAGGCUCCUGCUGCUGUCACCAGCCUACCGGAAGAGGUUGUUGCAAAUGUGGACACACUCUCACGUGAGGUGGAGGUUGUGGUGGUUGCCCAUCCCCAGCCGCUGGAUCGGGCCGAAGUGAUCGACAUCAGUUUGCCAGCGGAGGGAAGUCCAGAGGCGCACCCGGACAGCAAACUGAUCACCACAACGGCAGAAAUCGAGCCGACGAACAUCCCAGAGGACGCCUCCAGCCACAGCUUAAGCCUGAGCAACCGGGCGGAGGAUGAUCAGCACAACUCCUCAGAGUCGGAGCGCGACACUGAGAUGGAGUAUCGCAAGUCGGACAAGCCGCUGCUUCCAGAGAGCAGCUCAGAACGCAAAUCGAUCGUCCAUCAGCAGGACUCGUUCGAAGACGAACUCCCCUACGUGCCUACCACUCUGCCUCAGGAGCGGUCCUCCGCCAUACCCAUUCUCCCCAUCAAGCAACGCUGCGUUCUGGAUAUGAAAACCUGCCCAAUUGAUCGGCCGCGUUCCACCACCCCCAUUCACUCCAGCGGCCUGGAAAACUACUUUGAUGGCUUCGCCACUCGCUACGAACCCAGUGAGAAGCUGAAGAUCUCACUGCCUCGCCCCGACUUACCCAGCAAGCCUAAGGAGAGUGCGGGAGAGGAGGCGCCGCCUCCACUGCCUCCAAAGGGGAUUCAGAAGAGCUGGAUCAACUUCGAGGACGUGCCGGAGCGCCGCAAGAACCCGAAACGGAUCCAGACGAUUCCGUCGCGUGGCCACAUUGAUAUCUCGGGGCUGGUGAAGGACAACGUCGUCUACACGUACGUGAACCCGGACGAGUGCAAAUGCGAGUGCCAUGAGCAUAAAGAGUCGGAGAUUAAGGCGCAGGAGGACGAGCUGCCACUGCUGCAUCAGGAGGACAAGGGCGCCACCAUGGGUAGAUAAAAGCGGCAACGACAGCAGGAGGAAAUUUUGUUGCGUUCCCAAACUAUGGGAUGCGAAAUUUUUAGUUUUACAACAAACAACGGAUUUUGUCUAAUGAUGGUAGGGAGGACGGGUGAAUGAUGGAAGGAUUUUCAGUUGGGACGGGAAUGGGAUGUGCGACGUUUAUCCAGGUAACAUUUUGAGAUCGCCAAAGUAGUGUCAAAACUGUAACACGAUUUUUUGCUAAUUUUCUAAAACAUCAGGCCUUUGCGCCUGAAUCUAAAAUAACAUUAUGCUCACCUUAUAGAAAACCUCUGUGCCAACAGCUUUUUUCAAGGCGGUUUCUGCGAAAAGACGCUUUUCGGGCACUUCACUACUUUUGUGCAACAUUACAACUGCUGCCAAACCGGUGUCACGGUGACAGCGUUCGGAAAAUUUCGCCCAUUUGCCAAAUGUACAUUUCGUUUGUACUUGAUUGUUUCGUAAGCACGUUUUGUAGGGGUUUGGAUAAGUGCAAGUUUUUUUAUGUUUAAUAAUGUUAAGGGGCGGCCUCCAUAAUGGAAAAUACCCGAUAUAACCCAUAGAUAUUUGCUAUUUUUAAAGACAUUUGGCAGCAGAGUAUAGAUGUUUUCCCAUGCGCGACUUUUUCUGAACAGCGUUACCAUAACAACCGUUUGACAGACAUCCGUUGUAAUCUUAUGGAAAAGUGUUGAAUAUUAAUGAGUGAACAGAGCUGGAAAACGGCUUUUUCUCAAAAAAACACCCCAUGAAAAGUGGUUACAGCAGCAAUUUUCUGUAAGUUGCAUAAGCUAAUGGGACAACCCUUGAUGUUGCUGCAGUCUGUAUUUCUUCGACACACUGUAUGUGUAAAUAAUCCCUUCCCGAAACCAAUAAAACAGACGAUAAAACAUGUAUCGAGCAUUUAGUAGUUAAGUGAGUUGAAGGAAUUGUACUUAGACUAGCGGCUCGCUCGCGAUUCUGGUUGGCCGUUUUCCAGCAGCGCUGCCGACUCUGGAUUUAUCUCCUGAGACAACGAGCUUAUUUUCAAAUGUUCUGUAGAAAUAAAUUACUUUCUUUAUA